AUGGGUUAUAUAUUAAACAAAUAUAGGGGAAUAUAUAAUUUGAGGUGGCAAAUUGAAAGAUAUUUUCAAAACAUUAGGUGAAAAUGCAAGUUUUUCAAAGUUGAGGAGGGGCACAUGCCCCUUCUAGGCCUUAAUUGGCUCCGCCACUGAUUGCUGGAGACUUGCAACAGUUCACACUAGAAUGUGAAAUCACAAUGGGUACAGGAAUUGGGUUUCAAGUUAUGAUAGUUGAUGAAAUAUUUUAAAAAUUGGAUAAUGUUUGGUUAAGAAACAUUUCUGUUAGGGGUCAACAUAUUAAUUUUCAGCACCCUUUGUCAGUGGUUAUAGUGCUGCUUCGUGGAUUAUAUUGCUUUACUCUUGCCCCUCUAUUUUGACACUUUACGAAAUGUAAUAGCUACAAAACUGUUUGUCAUUGGCUAUAGUUUUGCUUUUGUGGAUUAUAGUGCAUUGUUCUUGCCCCUCUAUCCUGACUCCUUACGAAGUGUAAUAGCUACAAUCUAUAUCUUCUACAUGGAGUAGAAACAAUGGAGAUGGUGGAUGGGAUGGUGGACGUGGAUAUGGUGGUAGAGGCCGAGUUAGGGGAAGAUGCCGCGGUUUUCUUGGACGUGGAAGAGGCUAUGGUGGUGGGGAUAUGCAACAAGACUUGGGUGGUUACAAUGGUGGAUCAGGGGCACUGUUUGCUCAAGGCCGUGGCCGUGGACGUGGACGUGCGCAUGGAUGCAGCUGGGGCUGUGGGCGGGGGCGUGGGGGUGGUCAGGAUUUCAGAUCUGAUGGUCCAGUCUAGGCAGCUGCCUGACCGGCAGGAGGAACAGCUCUUAGAUUUGUAGUUCUGGAUGCCUGCUCUGCUGAUUAUGUCUUCUUCUCAUGAAAAAAAUGGGAAAAAAGAGAGAGAGAAAAGUAGUGUAAUUUCAUCGAUAAUUUUCUAGGAAUAUGGGUUAAUACUGAGCUGCUGCUGAUUUCAUGCAGAAGCCAUGUUUUUUUUGUAGUCAGUAGGAUUAUUUUGAUUUAAUGAUGACAAACACAGUUGUACAAUUCCUCUCUUAGGAGAAAUAAUAGAGCAUUACAUUCUUUUAUUCUUAUUUCUAAAUUUACCGCCUCUUUGCUGAAUCAGUUGUUUCAUGAAAUUUUUAUUGUAAGGCUGCUUGGACUUCGUAUUACUUGUUUUCAGCCUCCAGCUU